AUGAUUGUCGUUGGCGUCGGUCAACUUAUACAUUUGGAAAUUGAUCGAGUAUAUGUGAACUUGUUGGCUGGACUUUUUGUCAACUUCGCCUGCGCUAUGAAUUUUUUUGUGUACUAUGCAGUCAGCAGUGAAUAUCGCCGAGUAUUCGACAAAUAUCUUCACAUCAAUUCUUUGAAAAGAACUGUCGGAAUAAAAGUUCGAAAUAGUAGUGAUUUGGUUUCAAUAGCACCUUCGAAGACGGUGGCAGAGAACGCAGUAUCGUCUACACCUCUGCGAAAAGAAAAAUGA